AUGCCUCCAAAAACACAAACGAAUCCUUAUGCCCUUCCACGACGCACAAGUCCACAACGUCCCAGUCCAACUCAAAAACAAGCAACUCCAGGUUCCUCCCGACGUUCUUCAAAUGCUGGUCUACGAAGCUCACGCGGUCGCACAACCCCCCGAGUCACUGGCAAACCGGCUCCAGUUGGGCGACAGACCAAACAUGGACCUUCAGCUGUUCAAGAUCACAACGUCGCAGGCAAAGGUAAGGGAGCAAAGGGCUCCAACAACCGUUUGAAUUCCUCAAAUUCAAAGGAGGGUUCCAACACCCGUUUGAAUGCCUCGAACGCCGUGUCGCCUCCAGCUACCCAUUCACCAGAAUCAAAUCGAGCUGGUCCUUUGUUCAUGGAAGAAGAUCUUGAUGAUCUCAACGGAGGAGAUCAAGGUAAUGGAGGUAAUGAUGAUGAUGAUGAUGACGAAGACUAUAAUGCCAACUUCCAUGAGAAUGAUGAUCCUGACAAUGACGAAAACAAAGAAAACGAAGAAUCUGAAGAUAACAACGAUGAAGAGUCCAACAACAACCGCUCUGCGACUGAAAGUGAACUCGGUCUCCCUCCUAAACCACUCAUCAACCACACUUCCGCUGCUGCUGCUGCUGCUGCCGGAUCAGUAUCAGCUUUGACUGCCCAUCUCAGUGGUGAACGCCUACGAUUUUUCAACGAACUAGCAGCUACAGCUGGACUGAAUGAAGAGUAUAAGGUCAUGGGACGUGUCCUCUGCAAUGUGGAUGGAAGAGCAGAUCAUUUUGUAUCGAUGACUGUUGCCCUGCUCUCGACACGACAAGAAAUCAGUGAUUAUCAUCAAGAGACAAACGCUGAGGCCACUCAGUGCAUAAUCAUGGGUGAUGUGCAAGCGUACACAGCAACCGCGGACAAGGAAGGUAAUCAAGAGCAUCUUCCUCGCUCUUUAGCUGCAAAAUUAUUGGACAAAAUCCUCGACAAUCCAUCUGAAUGGAGAAAGCGAUUGCUUCCAGCACGAUAUGGAAGAAAUCCAGAUCCCGUGGAAUCAAGAGACUUUCAAAAGUGGCUCAACAUCAUCUUGAAAGAGAUCAGAAAGGACUUGAAUAAGAUUAAGACACCAUCCAAGUUGAACGUGCCAACCAUUGAGACAUUGAUUGUCAAGGCACGUGUUCUAUUUUGCAUGAUUUCAUUGGAGAUCUCGAUUUGCAUGGCUUCUAUACACUGGGGAUGGAACACGCAAAGCUAUAGCAACAGAUCCUUCUGGGGGGUUGUGGACGAAAAAUUGGAAGAAUUGCGUAGCAAGUCUGUCCGGUAUCGUUAUGCCUUCUUUCUUGAAGUUUUACGCCAAGACUUUGACCGAUUUGAUGGCGAAGUAACUUUUGCUGAAAUCCAGAAAACCACCAAAUUUGAGUUGCCCACCGAAAAUGAGGUUGAGGCCCAAAUCAAGCACCUGGAAGAGACUCAUGGGGCCAGAGUGGUGCCAGCAGAGCUCGCCCAUAACGAACCUGCGGGAUAG